AUGAACGGAACCGACUCAACUCUCUCAUUUUCGACAUUUUGUAACAUCAUCGACGGGGCUUCAACUACCACCACGGAGACUCGACAUGGCAUCAACCCGUCCACCCUUGAAGCGAAUCCCGAAGUCCCCAUCUCACAGCCUGAAGAUGUAGAUCGAGCAGUUAAGGCAGCGAGAAAGGCAUUUGGGACAUGGCGUCUCGUGCCGGAAGAGGAUCGCAGGAAGGCCGUGGCUGCAUUCGCAGCUUCACUUGGCGAGCACUUACAGGAUUUCGCCACGAUGCUUGUCAAGGAACAGGGCAGACCUAUGUGGGGUGCGCAAAUGGAGGUAUCUGCUUCUGUUGAUCGUCUUGCGGCUACGGCCAAGAUUUCACUGCCAGAGACCGUGGUUGAAGAUACCAAAAAACGUCAAAUCGUAACCAGAUAUACGCCUUUGGGGGUCGUAUGUGCUAUUGUUCCUUGGAACUUCCCCAUCAAUCUAGCCUGUACCAAGCUCGGAGCUGCCCUGGUAGCCGGUAAUGCCAUCAUACUGAAGCCAUCCCCUUUCACUCCUUAUUGUGGUCUGAAGCUUUGCGAGCUGGCUCAGCGAUUCUUUCCGCCUGGGGUAGUCCAAUGCCUCAGUGGCGACGAUAGGCUCGGUCCAUGGCUGACAGCACAUCCUGGCAUUGACAAAAUCAGUUUCACAGGCUCGACUGAGACUGCAUUCUUCGGUGAACUCAUACGACGGACGCUUAGAGGCGGAAAUGACGCUGCCAUUGUUUUCCCAGACGUUGAUGUCGCGUCGACCGCCACAGCAAUUGCCCAAACAUGUCUCUUCAACACGUCUCAGGUCUGCCUAACGAUCAAACGUAUUUAUAUUCAUACGGAUAUCUACCCUCAGUUCCUCCAAGCUUUCUGCGCGGUGGUCGAAUUCUUCAAGCCUAGUGACGGCUUUGCUGAAAGCGCUCUUCUGGGACCUAUCCAAAACGAAACACAGUUCAAGAAGAUCCAAAACAUGGUAUCAGAAGUAAGAUCGGCAAACCUCAAGAUAGUCUCCGGUAACACAUCAUCUGCCACGACUGGCAAGGGCUACUUCAUCGUCCCCGUCGUGGUGGACAACCCGCCUGAUGAUGCACCCGUGGUCACUCAAGAGCCUUUCGGACCCAUUAUUCCGCUUCUCACCUGGUCGGACGAGGAAGAUGUCAUUCAGCGAGCCAAUGACAGCAAGCUUGGUCUUGGGGCAUCUGUGUGGACACUAGAUCUUGACCACGGAGCGAAGGUAGCCAGACGUUUGGAGGCAGGAAGUGUUUGGAUCAAUAAUCAUAUGGAUGUCGGUUCCAGUGCACCGUUUGGAGGCCACAAAGAGUCUGGUUUCGGGGUCGAGGGAGGACUCGCGGGAAUCAUCGGUUACUGCAACUCGCAGACACUUUAUGUUCCCAAGAAAUAG